AUGGAAACUGUUGAUAAGUUUGCUUCCAUUCCUAUGGUAGAGAGUGGUUUAAAAGUCGGGAUGAUUGCUUACAAUAGAGUGAAGCGAACAAAUCAGUUAACAUACUGGGGACUGCAAACAUCAGAAAAUGUUAUAUUAUCGUUACUGGAAUCACUUCGUCCGAUUGUAAAGCUAGUAGAAAAACCUUUGGUGAAAAUUGAUAAAAUUGGAUUAUCAGUUUUAGAAAGGUUUGAGGAGAACAUGCCUAACCUUUAUUUGCCUCCACAAAUGAUUUAUUGGAACACGAAAGAAUAUGUUUCUGAUAACUUUGUUCAACCUGUUCUAAAAAGAGCAAAUUCUUUUGGCGACAUUGUUGAUGGAGCUUUGGAUAAGGCUGAUAAUGCUCUCGAUAAAUAUUUACCAGAUAUAGAAAAUAUAAAAACAGAUGAGUCUGAGCAUACAAAUGAGAAAGGUAAUCAUGCGGUUCAAACAUAUCGUCGUGGGAAAAAGAUUUCUAAGAAAUUGAAGCAUAAGUUAACAUCACGAACUGUUGCUGAAGUUAGAGCAUUGAAAAAUGAUGUCCAUGUACUCAUCUAUGCUGCUGAAAUGAUUGUCAAGAAUCCAAAACUAGCCAUUAGAAAAUCAAAAGAAAUUUGGAAUUAUUUGUCUCUUAAUGAACCGGAAAACCAAAAAAGACCAGAAACUUUAGAAGAACUAUUUGUUCUUUUAGUAAGAGAAACUUCAAGAAAAAUUGUUCACUUGAUUAAUUUUUCUGUCAAACUUUCUUCGAGAGUUCAAAAUAAGACAAAAAGUUUCGUCUCAGAAAUCGUUCAUCAGAUUUUCUAUUUUUCUGAUUGGAUAUUAAAGACAAUUCAUCUCGAUUUGCAUAAAAUAUCUUUGACCUAUGAAGAUACAAUGGAAAAACUUGCAAUAUUUUUUUCGGGACGUUUGGAAGCAGAAAAAAUUGAAAUGUCAUCUCAAUCAAGAGUCUAUACUAGACCUUCUUCUAUUAACGGACUUUAUUAA